UCUAAAACUUUGCCUCUAGCUUUUGCAAAGCUACUCAUUUAGUUUUAGACUUAAAAGAGACCAACACACUACUAAGGGUGUACAAGAGAUUGCAAAACUUCCUUCAGGGCUCAAUGCUUGCAGUGAAGCACCCAGUUAAUGGCCUUCAUGGAUUAGAGAGAAAAGUGUGUGUGUCCCUAAAGCAGGGCUGCGAGUCACUGUGUAUCUUCAGCUAUGAUGCACAAGGUGGAGAGCCCUAAUAGAUGGGAAAUGUGUUUGACAGGGCUUGUCAGCAUUAUAUACCAGGCACUGGUCAAUUGUUUCCUAUAUUUUACUUUCUGUGGAUUAAUCUUUCUAUGUAUCAAUAAGAAAUACAAUGUAUCAGUGGAUAAGAAUGCUUGCAAGACAUGGCAAAUAGUGAAAAAGAGCCCUUCUGGUGUAGUGUGAUAUGUACUCCGAAGUACAUCAUUCAAAAAGCAAGGUGGAAUGUCCCCCCAAAUUUAUAAUCUGGAUCCCUAUGGCAACCACUGUCAGCAGAGACAUUCUAAUGCCUUUCCAUGCCACUUCCAGAUGAAUGACCUCACUCACACAACCUCUGACCAGAAUUUGGUCCAGCUUCUUGCAAACAGGAUCCUGCCCUGGACAGGAAACUAGUGCAUGUGUGCAAAAGACUCUGGCCAUACUUCAAUUCUCAUGGUAGUGCUCAAAUAGCAUUAUCUUGUGUUUUCUCCUCUUGCCAUAGGUACCUUACCUGGUGACUUGCCAAUGACUUUGAUGGAGAACAUCUCAGAGGUGACUGAAUUCAUUCUUGUGGGGUUAACAGAUGCCCUAACUCUUCAGGUCCCUUUAUUUUUAAUCUUCACUCUCAUUUACUUCAUCACUCUGGUUGGGAACCUGGGGAUGAUCCUGUUGAUUCUGUUAGACUCUCGUCUUCACACCCCCAUGUACCUUUUCCUCAGUAACCUCUCCCUGGUGGACUGUGUUUAUUCUUCAGCAGUCACUCCUAAGGUAAUGGUGGGGCUCUUCACAGAAAAUAAGAUCAUUUCCUACAAUGACUGUGCCGCCCAGAUGUUCUUCUUUGCAGCCUUUGCCACCACUGAAAAUUUCCUUCUGGCCUCAAUGGCCUUUGACCGCCAUGCAGCAGUGUGUAAGCCCCUGCAUUACACCACCAUCUUGACAAGUACUGUGUGUGCACUACUGGUCACUGGUUCCUAUGGCUGUGGACUCUUGCAAACUUCCAUCCAUGUUGCCUUGACUUUCCACCUUUCCUUCUGUCAUUCCAAUGUGGUUAAUCACUUCUUCUGUGACCUCCUCCCACUCCUGGCUCUCUCUUGUUCUGAUAUCUACACAAAUGAGAUCGUGCUCUUCACUUUGGCAGCUUGCACUGUCUUUUUUACUCUCUUGGUUAUCUUGACCUCUUACCUGUUCAUUUUUAUUGCUAUCCUGAGAAUGCACUCAGCUGAGGGACGAAAGAAGGCCUUUUCCACCUGUGCUUCCCACCUCACCACUGUCUCCAUCUUCUAUGGGACAAUCAUCUUCACGUACUUACAGCCAAGUUCCAGUCAUUCCAUGGACACAGACAAAAUGGCAUCUGUGUUCUACACCAUGAUCAUCCCCAUGCUGAACCCUCUGGUUUACAGCCUGAGGAACAAGGAUGUCAAAAAUGCAUUCAAGAAGGUUGUUGAGGAGGCAAAAUUGUCUUUAAGCUUAAAUUUUUAAUAUUGUAGAAACCACGACAACCUACUUUAUCCCCUCAGAUAUUCUCCAUGUAAUGGCUCAUACUUCAAGGCCUUCACUGCACUUAAUUCCUAAGGUGAUGCACUUACUUCCUCAAAAGUCUAUUGUCUGUAAAAAGAAACCAUUAUGUUCUGAGAUGUAAUACAUAAUGAUAAUGGCUCAGUGGAAUUUAAGAAUAUUUGGGUUUUG